AUGGGUAGUAGUUUACAUGCUUUGAAAGAAACAGCAUCUAUUGUUGAACUUGUUAUGCUUUUAUAUUCACAAGAAUGGCAAAAUUCACUUCAAAAACAUGCUGGUUUAGCAUUUAUUGAACUUGUUAAUGAAGAACGUUUACUUGCUCAUGCAAGUAAAGAUCAUAUUAUAAAAGUUGCUAAUGAAGCAGAUUUUAUUCUUAAUCAAGAAGAAGAAGAAGAAGAAGAAGAACUUUGUGAUCAUUUUAUAAAAUCAUCUCGUCAACGAUAUUUAACAAAUGCAUCACGUUUAAAAGAAAAAUUUUUAUCAUUAAUGAUUAAUGAUAAAACAACAUAUUUAAAUAGUUCAAAUCCAUUUUGGAAAUUAGAUAUAUGGGAAGAUGAUUUAAGACGACGAAGACGUUUAAUAUCUAAUCCAAAUGGUGCAUUACAUGAUGAAGCUAAAGCAAAAUAUUUAAUUAAUGAAACUGAUGAUUAUAUGAUUGAAACAUUACAUAAAUGUGAAUAUUUAUGA